UCUCCAUGCUGCUCGAACAUCUUUUGAAGGUUGCAGAUCAAUCUCGAGCGCAAAAGACUCUCUCAAAACGUCAUCUGCACCAUCCGCCUUACAUGCUCGCACUGCCACGCCCCCACCUCGACUUCCACCAGAGGACGGGGAAGCUGGGCACAUUACCUUUUGCGCUCGCACAAUCGCCCAGCCAAUUCACAAUGAACAUCAGUGGGCAAUAGGCGCGGUCUGAAGUGUCUGAUCAUUCUUGAGAUCACGGAUUUGCGAAAUGCAUUCAACAACGCUCGCUCCUCCGACGGGACGCCAUCACGAACAAGGCUCGUGUUUGGGCCUGAGAAUGUUGGAUGAGGUACGGCUUGCGGAGGGGCCAACGAAGCCAGAGAGAGAAUGAGGAAUGUCUUGCUUUGGUGAUGUGGGCU